UUUCAGGUUGAUAGAAAUUGAUCUAUAUCUAACGUUAGAUUUAUAGCCAUCUGUAAAUCUACUGAAAGCAAAUUCCGGAUGACGGACGAGAGAAGUCCAUCAGGAAAUUAUAUUGAAGGUGUGGGCGAUGAAGUUGUAAUUUUUUUAUCUACUCUGUUGAUGUUCAUUUUGCCAAUUUCGACAUAUCUUGUACGUAAAUACAGGUCAGAUUCUGACCAUGAAAUUCAUCCGGAAAAUCAAGAAAGAGUAAACACAACAAGAAGUCAUCUCAAUAUUAAUGAAAAUGAGCAAGAAGAUGAUGCUUUGGAUGGGGAUGUUGAUGAUCGGAGAAGAUUUUACAGUGAUCAAAGAUGUCCAAUAUGUUUGCAGGAAGCAAGAUUGCCUGUUGAAACAAAUUGUGGACAUCUAUUCUGUGCACACUGCAUAAUAACAUACUGGAGAUUUGGGAAUUGGCUUGGAGCUGUCAAUUGCCCUGUCUGUAGACAGCAAGUAUCGCUGCUGUUGAGAAAUUUUCAGGCUGGGGAAAACCACUCGGAAGCAACUCGUGACGCUUUGACUAAUAUAAAUGAUUAUAAUAGAAGAUUUUCUGGACAGCCUAGGCCGAUUUUGGACUACAUCAGAGAUAUUCCUGCUUUAAUGAGACAUCUUUGGAGUGAAUUUUUCUCUAUGGGAGGACUUGUUUUUAUGUUCAGAGUACGUAUUGUGCUUUGCGCCAUUGCAAUACUACUUUACCUUAUUUCACCUCUUGAUUUUUUGCCAGAGGCAGUUUUUGGUAUAAUUGGACUACUCGAUGAUGUUUUUGUCCUAAUGCUAGUAUUAAUAUAUAUGACUGUAAUAUAUCGUAAUGUUGUAGCAGCCCGGUGAAGUAAAUUUCUAUAUUGCUUAAAUGAGAAAUUAUUUGUGGAUAAUGUAUUAUCCUUUACUAGUCGCUAUCAGAUCAAUAUGCAUUAGUUAAAUACAUUGCAUAGAUAUUAUGUGGAACCGAUGUGAUUUUUCUAUAAACACAUUUUGAAUAUAAUCAAGUCAUACUUAAGGAAGGGCAAUACAGAAUUCUUGCGAGAAGCAUGCGGGAGAGAGGUCAUUGAAUCUAAUUCGUACAUUUCUAUGAUAUAGAUACUGAUUUAAACUGCCAUUAUUAAAGGAUUCUAGGUAUUUCACUCUUCUUUUUUUUUGAUUUGUUCUUUAACUUUAUUUACUUUUUGAAGAUUAUAUAAAAUAUAGUUGAACUUUCAA